CAGCUCGGUUGCUCGGGCGCGAGCGACGCGGGCGCAGCCGUGCCCGCGGCGGAUGCGACGGAGGACGUGCCCGCGGCGGAUGCGACGGAGGAUCAGCCUUACGACUGUAAUGCGGAAUACUCCGAGUGGCUGGAGCGGUGGGACGACGCCAAGAAGCACUGGUGCUGCGAGCACGAGAACAAGGGCUGCACGUCGGCCACGACGUCUUCAGGCAUCGACGAGCCUUUCGACUGCGACGACGAGUACGAGAAUUGGCACAGGGAGUGGGACAGAGAGAAGGUCUACUGGUGCUGCCGCUUCAAAGGAAGAGCUUGCACACCUGUGCCCGCAGACGAGGGCUGCAAGCACGGGGGGAAGGGUUGCCCGCCCGUCGGCUCGACUACCCCAGAGGAGAAGUACAACUGCGUGAACGGGCUGGAGAGCUGGGUAACCUCCUGGCCAGUGGAGAAGGUGCACUGGUGCUGCGACGCCAAGGGCAUCUGCCCUGGCGACGACGAGGCGAUGGCGUCGGGCGACCCGUAUAACUGCAGCGCCGGCUUCACCAAGGAAGCCAUCCUGCACCCGGACCUCAAGGUACAGUGGUGCUGCAAGCACAGGAAGAUGGGCUGCUCUCCAGACGAGGCGCCGGGACCCGGCGCGGCCCUGGACAGCUGCAGGGUGGACUCGGCCAGCUGGCAGGGCGACUGGUCGGCAGAGAGGAAGGGCAGGUGCUGCACCCAGUGGGAUGCCGACGAUGAGUGGCCGACCGACAUGCGCGAGUUCUGCUGCAUGCACAAGGACGUCGGCUGCCAGAACCGCACGGAGAAGACGCGCGCGGCUACGACGACAGCGGCCUUCGGCUCCAAGGAUUGCAGCACGGGGCAACGUAGUGCGUGGCCAGAAGCGAAGAAGGCCUACUGCUGCGUGCAGUUCAGGGAGCAGGGCCUGGUGUGCCCCGCAGGCUGGGACAAAACCUCGGUGGCACCGACGGCGGCGCCGACGCCUGUUCCAGCGCCCACGCCCGUGUCUUCAGAGGGGGUCACCACGAACAGGCCGAAGUCCUUCACGACGUCGCGUCGGCGCACUAGUAACAGCACCAGCAAGAGCAGCAGUCCCAGCGCCAGUACCACCAGCGUCACAAGUACCACUUUGCCGUACAAUUGCGAUGCUGGCUUCAACAACUGGGUAGUUGGCUGGUCCAGCGACAAGAAAAAUACAGACCGUACUGCUGCGAGGCUGCGAGCCGCGGCUGCGCGCAGGGUACGACCACGCCGGAGACCUACAACUGCUCGGCGGGGUACGACAAAUGGGUGCUUGGCUGGUCCACCAAGAAGAAGCGGUGGUGUUGCAAAGCCGAGGGUCGGGGCUGCGGCGACGACGCGGACGCAGUCGGCACGACCUCGCAGCAGUUCGACUGCGAGGACGGCUACGACGACUGGAGGACGGGAUGGACCGCCGCCAAGAAGAAGUACUGCUGCGACACGCAGGGGCGCAGCUGCGGGCAGGAGGACACGACGGAGGAGGCGAAGGAGGAGGUCUUCGACUGCACGGCGGACAUUGCGGUGUGGCUGACGGAGUGGCCCGAGGAUAAGAAGACCUUCUGCUGCAAGACGAAGGGCUUCCCCUGCGCGAGGUCCGAGAAGGCGCCGAGCUCCACGUCCAGCUUCGCUGCCGACACCUUCACCGGCCCGCCGGGCGUGCCAUCGACCUCGAAGGCCGCGCCGCCCAGCCCGUCCUCCCGCUGGGCAGGGCCCUCGACGCCGCCGCCCUACAGCUGCAGCGGCGGGGCCCCGGAGAGCGGCUCGCCUGGGCGCUACGACUGCGACGAGGGGCUGUGGGACUGGGCGGAGAGCUGGACCGACGCCAAGAAGGAGUGUGGUGCUGCACGCACGAGCUCCUCUGGUGCCCGGAGUGGGCGUCCAAGGGCGCGGCGGACGUGGACACCUCUGGCUGGAGCGCGGACCAGAAGGAUCCAAGAGUACUGCUGCCGCGCCGAGCACAUCGGCUGCCCUGCCGCUGCCGGCAUCAGCAGGUUC